AUGGCUUCUCCCCAAUCCCAGCAGAUCAAGCAAAACUUCCUCAACAACCCCUACGCUCAGCAGGCGUUCGCCGUUGCUCACGGGCAAGUCAGCGCUCUUGACGCCGAGCUCAACAAGUACCCCAUCCUCCGUCAACUCGAGACCCAGAUCAAGGUCCCCAAGGCCUACGGUGUCAUCGCCCUCGGUGUCUCCGCCGUCGUCCUCAUCUUCUUCAACAUGUUUGGCCUCGCCCAGCCCAUCUCCAACCUCAUCGGCUGGGCCCUUCCCGCCUACCUUUCCAUCCUCGCCAUCGAGUCUCCCCAGGCCAACGACGACAAGCAGUGGUUGACCUACUGGGUCGUCUUUGGCUCUUUGAACUUGAUCGAGAGCUUGGGUUUGAGGGCCGUCCUUUACUGGGUUCCCAUGUACUUUGUCUUUAAGACUCUCUUCUCCAUCUACUUGAUGCUCCCCGCUACCCGAGGUGCCGAGACCCUUUACUACCACGUCCUCCGACCCGUCAUUGGCAACGUCAAGUCCAAGUCCCAGGCCAACUAUGGUACCACCGACCCCUUGGCCAAGGAGACUGGUUUCAGCACCGCCACUGCUGCUCCCUCUUCUUUCGCCCACGAGAAGGCCCUCUAA